AUUCUACCGGCUUUACACUUCGUCCGGUGGCAGGAUUAUUGUCCUCGCGUGACUUCCUGGCUGGAUUAGCGUUUAGAGUGUUUCACAGCACUCAAUACAUAAGACAUAGUAGUAAACCACUUUACACGCCGGAACCGGAUGUAUGUCACGAAAUUUUGGGCCAUGUACCACUCUUCGCUGAUCCAUCAUUUGCGCAGUUUUCCCAAGUCAUUGGACUGGCGUCUCUUGGUGCACCAGAUGAAUAUAUAGAGAAACUUGCAACGUGCUUUUGGUUUACGGUGGAAUAUGGAAUAUGUCGGCAAAAUGGAGAAUUAAAGGCGUAUGGUGCUGGUCUACUCUCGUCGUUUGGUGAAUUGGAAUAUUGUCUGAGCGGUGAGCCAGAACUCCGACCUUUUGAUCCCCCGAAGACUGCAUUACAAAAAUAUCCGAUAACAGAAUAUCAACCCGUAUAUUUUGUUGCCGAGGACUUCGAGGACGCAAAAGAAAAGAUGACGAAAUUUGCUCAAAGCAUACCAAGAAAAUUUGGAGUCAGGUAUGACGCUUAUACGCAGAGUAUCAGCAUUAUUGACAGUAAGCAACAAGUGGAAGCUCUUGUUAACAAUGUCAACCAGGAAGUACAGAUUUUGAGGGAUGCGUUAAAAAAAUUGCAACAUUAGAAUUAGAAUUUUAUUCAAGAAUUAGUUUUAUUCGUGUUAUCCUUUAAUAUAUUUUAUCCUUUUGAUAUAUUUUAAAAAUAUUAUCACAAUUUAUUCUUUUUACAUGUUUCUUUUAAUAAACUGUUGUCGCUCUAUUUUAUUGUAAAAAUGGACGUAAUGAACAGUUCUUAUUAAAGUAAUACAUAACAAAAAAAAAAAAAA